GGCCAUGGCGAACCGGGGACCGUCGUACGGGCUGAGCCGCGAGGUGCAGCAGAAGAUCGACCGGCAGUACGACCCCGAGCUGGAGCAGGUGCUGGUGCAGUGGAUCGUGGCGCAGUGCGGCGGCGGCGACGUCUCCCGGCCCGAGCCCGGCAGGGACAACUUCCAGCAGUGGCUCAAGGACGGCACCGUGCUCUGCCGCCUCAUCAACAGCCUGCACCCGCGCGGCCAAGGCCCCGUGGCCAAGAUCCAGGCGUCCAGCAUGGCCUUCAAGCAGAUGGAGCAGAUCUCGCAGUUCCUGCAGGCCGCCGAGCGCUACGGCAUCGCGGCCACCGACAUCUUCCAGACCGUGGACCUCUGGGAAGGGAAGAACAUGGCAUGCGUGCAGCGCACCCUCAUGAACCUGGGCAGCCUGGCGGUCACCAAGGGCGACGGGCUCUUCGUGGGAGACCCCAACUGGUUCCCCAAGAAGUCGCAGGAGAACCGGCGCGUCUUCUCCGAGGACAAGCUCAAGGAGGGGCAGAGCGUCAUCGGGCUGCAGAUGGGCACCAACCGGGGGGCGUCGCAGGCGGGCAUGACGGGCUACGGGAUGCCCCGGCAGAUCCUGUGAGCGCCCCGCGCCGCCGCCGCCGCUGCCUUCGUCCCCCUCCUCCUCCUCGCCGGCCCCGCCGGGGCGGCCCUUCUCCUGCCUCGCCGCAUCGCCACGGACCAAACGCCUCUGGGACCAAAGUCUUGGUUUUCUACUUUUUGCCUCUUUUUUAUAGUCGCCUCCGGGGUUUUUUUAAC